AACCCCAGACCCUUCGGUCUGUGGGCCAACACUCUAACCACUAAGCCAAACCCGGUAGGGCCAGGUUGCCGGUUUGAUACACAGUCAGAACACAGAUCCCGUCAGGUUGAUGUUUCUCUCUCAAAAAAAAAAAAAAGAAAAGAAAAAGAAAGAAACCAGACACGAAAAGACAAAUAUUGUAUUAUUCUACUUACAUGAGAUACCUAGAAUAGGCAAAUUCAUAGACAUAGAAUAGAGGUGGGAGGAGGAAUGGGCACAGUGGUGAUGGGUAUACAACAUUGUGAGUGUAGUUCAUGCCACUGAAUUAGCCACUUAAAAUGGUUAAAGUAGUAACUUUUAUGUAUAUUUUACCAUAAUAAAAAGGCUUAAAAACCAGAUACCAAAGAGUACAUACUAUUUGAUUCCACUUACACAAAGCACAGAAACAGUGAAAACUAAUCUGUGAUUACUCUUUCUAAGUUAGUGGCUGGAAAAAGACAGGAAAAGGAGUUAUGAGUCAUUUUGUAUUUCUUGAUCCAAAUGCUAGUUUCACCUGUGUGUUCUGUUGGCGAAAAUCACCGAGCUCGUCUGCAUUAUUUAUACUUCAGUCAACAGUUUACCAGAAAACAACAAAAACCCCAGCACUUCUUUAGAAAAAAAUUUAAUUGCAAAAAUCUGGAUAAGUUCUUGGAAGCUGAACCUUUUCUUGGGCUCCCGCUUUUCUUGUAUUCUAAACCUGCGCUGAAUCUGUGCCUUCUUUGAAACGCUCUCCUGCAUUAUACCUAAGUCCCACACUACCCGGGGCCGCAUUCUCGGAGCAUCUGAUGGUAACUAAAUUGUCUCCCAGUUUGUCCCCCGACUAGCCCUGACUUCUUGGAGCUCAGAGAGAUCAGACCUUACUGAUCUCGCUAACUCGAAGCAGUAAUAAAUCCUGUCAGACAGGGAGGCUGGGAGCAAAGCCGGAAGGACAAGAUUGGAGAGAGGGAAGCGCUGCUCGGGUUCUGCCCAGCGGUGCCAGACCGCGCAAUCUUCCAGACCCGAAACCACGCCCCCUCUCAAGCACCUCCUCCACCCUUCUCCUGACCCCGCCCCUCAGCCCAGGGCUCCUCGGACCCCGCCUACUAGGCGUGUCCCUGACUCCGGAGGGCCUUGAUCCCGCCAACAAUGACUCCGCCCCUCCUUCCGCUGAGAAGCCUGUCCCUUUUAAAGAACACGUUUACGUCAGCCCGCCUUACGUAGACUUUGCGUCAUCAGUGCAAGGCGAGGAGGCGGGACUUCCUGUCUCUGGUUCAAACAGCUUCCGGGAGUAUCCGGAAGAGACUGGACCCUGAGCAGAAUCGGGGGUAGCCAGCCCCUUCCCCGGUUCCUACGGAAAGUUGAGUCCAUCAGCCGUCCUGGCGAAGUCAAAACACUUAGUCUGGCCGUUUCAGUGUGGACCCCAUCAGCAGCCAGGCCAUGGAACUCUCUGAUGUCACCCUUAUUGAGGGUGUGGGCAAUGAGGUGACUGUGGUGGUAGGUGUGGUGGUGCUGAUUCUAGCCUUGGUCCUAGCUUGGCUCUCUACCUACGUAGCAGACAGCAGUAGUAACCAGCUCCUAGGCACUAUCGUGUCAGCUGGCGACACAUCCGUCCUCCACCUGGGGCAUGUGGACCAUCUGGUGGCAGGCCAAGGCACCCCAGAACCAACUGAACUCCCCCAUCCAUCAGAGGGUAAUGAUGAGAAGGCUGAAGAGGCUGGAGAAGGUGGGGGAGACUCCACAGGGGAGCCUGGAGCUGGAGGUGGUAUUGAGCCCAGCCUUGAGCAUCUGCUUGACAUCCAAGGCCUGCCCAAAAGACAAGUGGGCCCAGAGAGCAGCAGUCCAGAAGCCCCUCUGAGAUCUGAGGAUAGCACCUGCCUGCCUCCUACUCCUGGUCUCAUCAAUGUGCGGCUCAAAUUCCUCAAUGACACCGAGGAGCUGGCCGUGGCCAGGCCAGAAGAUACUGUGGGUACACUAAAGAGUAAAUACUUCCCUGGACAAGAGAGCCAGAUGAAACUGAUCUACCAGGGCCGCCUACUGCAGGACCCAGCCCGCACACUUCGUUCUCUGAACAUUACCAACAACUGUGUGAUUCACUGCCACCGCUCACCCCCAGGGUCAGCUGUUCCAGGCCCCUCAGCUUCCCUCACCUCCUCAGCCACUGAACCCCCCAGCCUUCGUGUCAGUGUGGGCAGCCUCAUGGUGCCUGUGUUUGUGGUGCUGUUGGGUGUGGUCUGGUACUUCCGGAUCAAUUACCGCCAGUUCUUCACAGCACCUGCCACUGUCUCCCUGGUUGGGGUCACUGUCUUCUUCAGCUUCCUAGUAUUUGGGAUGUAUGGACGAUAAGGACAUAGGGAGAAAAUGAAAGGCAUGGUCUUCCUCCUCUAUGGCCUCCCCCCUUUCCUGGCCAGAGCUGGGCCCAAGGGCCUGGGAGGGAGGGAUGGGAAGGAUAUGGUGGGUCCUCUUCCAUAGGACAAAGGAGGCAGGUAUGGGGCCUCCACAUCCACGAGGGUACAGACAUCCCCUCUGUGCAAGCACAACUCAGGUAGAAACGAGGAUGUCAUCUUCCUUCACUUUUAGGGUCCUGAAGUUCAGAGCCACGCUGGUGGCCUAGCUUAGUGGGGAGCCUGGGCUCUGAGGACUUUUUCCUAGCUGUGACCCUAACUCUUCCCAUUGUCCUGCAUGUUUGUUCCUCAGCAUCCAGGGCCACCAGCCAGGACAGCUUAGCAUGGCCCCAGCAUACUUCUGUAGGGAGCCUGGAGUAUCUUUCAAUUCCUUAGUGGAAUAUCCAUCUUUUGAGAUUAAAAUCACACAGGCAGGAAUGAAGGUUGUGUCAGCUCGUCCUGUAGGCACCUAGCUGCCUCUCCCUUCUCCCUCUACCCCGUAGCAGGAAUAGGGUGUUCUCCCUUUUUUCAAAGCACUUUGUGUUUUUUGUUUUGUUUUUUAAUAGUCCUUUAUAGAGCUCCAUCAGGAAGGGGAUUGGGGCACAAAGCCAAGCCCCCAGCAUUGGGAGAGGCCAGGCCACAGCUGCUGCUACUACCCUAGGCCUAAGGCUAUAAGCAAGAAACAGCUCUGGCUCUCAGCCAGUGACCUACACUGCCCAGCUCCAAGGAGUAGCUCUGAGUAUGGAGUACUGUGCCCCAGGCCCUUGUCUUGGGCUCUUGGAUGGAGGGUCAGUGUCUGUGACUGAAUAAAGUUCCAUUUUGUGGC